AUGUCCGGCUCCAGAAGUCAUGAUGACCAGGGGCUGAGUAAGUUGCCUCCCUCCUUCAAAGGAAACACCUUUAGGAGGGCAGCUCAGCCACCAAAGAGUCUUCUUGACGUUGGAAAGGCUGAAGGUCCCCCAGUAAGGUCGUCAGAUAAGAGAGACUCAACCCCGAGGAGCGCAGAACCUUCGGGAGUCGACGAGGAGCCGGGAGCACCAGGCAGUGGUCUUUCCCGCCCUGGCAGCCCAUCGUCAUUGGAGGACAUCACCCCCAGGAAGUUCUGUCUUGGCGCCACUUCCGGUCUAGUUGCAGCAGGCGCUUGGGCCGCUCGACUAGAGGUUGCCAGACUCCUGGAGAGCGGGUGUCACCCAGACCACCUCCUGUCUCUCAUACGCAGAGGCGAAGAGGGUUCCACUCCGCUGCGUCUUGACUGGGACGCCAGAGAACGGAGUGAGUGUCUUGACAAGGACAGCGACCAGAGGUCCACUGCUUCAAGGCCGGCUCACGGGCCUUCAGAUGACCGAUCUCGGUCACCGCUGAGGUCGGCCUGGGAACCCGGGGAAGCCGAGGAGUUCAAAGAAGUCAAAGAUCUUUUUGAAGGCGAAAAAAUGGAGGAUGUGAUCGCAGAGCAAGCUGCCAUCCUGUCGGAGAUUGCCAAGAGCAAGGAUGACCCUCCUUGGUUGACACCGAAGCCAUCAGGAUCUGGAGGUCCUUCCAUUGGAGGUAAAUCAAGUGGUGCAACGGUUCUUCGGAUGACCACGAACGAGCAGACUUUUUCCAAAGUUUCUUCACCACCUCCAAGUGACUUCAAAACCGCUGCUCCAAGACCUUUCAAACGCCAACCUGACACCCCAGUAGCAGGCGAGGAGCUUCCCGAUUUUAAACGGAAGGCUGCACCGCCGCCGCAGGGUGUGUUACCAGAACCCAUCAAGGUGCCGCAGAGGCCACCACCGCCUCGCCCUGGGACGGGGACGUCCGCAAACUCCUUGGGAGCCCGAGAGAAAGAGGACCUGGACAGGUUCGCAAGAGCGGCCGUCGAGAUCUACGAGGGCUUGGAAGUCGUUGGCAUUCACAUGGAUCUGAAGAAGUACGUGCGCACCAGCAAGGGGAUUGACAAAGAGAAGUUUUUGCUUCACACCGCACCGAACCGAGCAUCAACCGGUUUGCGUUAUGUGCGAGUGAUGAAAGGCAUUGUGGAGUGGAUAGAGACCUUUGACCCCAUUCCUGAGGAGGAGAGCGUCCCACCCCUCGAGAGACUGAGGUUGGUGGAGUACAUUGAGCUCCUCAUCCAGAAGGGGUCCUUUGGCUUCGACCCGACUGGAAGCGAGUGGAAUCGCGCCAAGAGACUGUCAGUGAAGUAUAAAAAAUCCAAACCAGGCCUGGCGAACAGGGCACCGCUUUUUGGGAAAGUUACGCUGGCCGCUCUGGAGAAGAUUGUUUUGGAUGACCUUGCAUCCACUCCACAUAGGAUAGCAGCAGGAAAACUCAGGCUUUGUUGUCAGGCGUCUAUCCGGUACGACGACCUGGUCCACACCCCUCUGAGACACCUGGAAUGGGUGCGCCGCAGAGGAGGGACCAGGGUUGUUGGACUGAGAGCCAGGACGACACAAGGCAAGAACAAAGCCAGACCUUGGGUAGCGUCGCUCAUGGCCACUUGUCGCAGCAGAGAUGGUUGGCUGAGCACCCUGGUGGAUCUGGUGCUGAUGACGCACGGUAUGUGCUGGCUCGAGGGCGACCACUUUGGAAAAGAGGUCACGCGAGACGGCGAAGGCUUCACUAGACUCCCGGCUCGCCUGGAGACAGACGUUUACAUGGUCAAGGAGGCUCUCAGACAGUUCCAACGUACAGGAGGUGACCCCGGUAUGACGGACCGGGAGCUAGAUCUCUUGCGUUGGCAUGGGGGCAAAGCCACACUGACCACGCUCAUGCAGCACCUAGAGCUGGAUCCGAAGAUGAUCAGACUGGCUGGUGAUUGGUCCGCUAAGGAAGACACCAUGCCGGAUACUUACCUUCGAGAGGCUCAACUCAUGGUGCUUAAGGGGCAGGAAUCUUGCAUGGCCUACCUGAGAGCGGGUGGAGAUUUUGGGGGUUUGGUAUCUAGUGGUUUGGUAGGUGGUGCUCCCCCUCCCGGUGAUGGUGAGGUUCCAUGCCCGGCCGAUAGCCAUGGCGGCGGAGCAGAAGAACACGGUGUCGAGCCAGAGGGCGCUGAGUCGAAGAAGCUGGCCGAGUUGGCGCGUCAGGCCGGCUUCCUGAGCGAAUACCAGGGGGUGGUCGGAAAAGAUCUCAACUCCAGCCUUUUUGACCGCGGGCUUGACGAAAAAGGGGAGCCUGUGGAUGAGGUCGUCGGAGAAGAGAGAGAAAGGGGAGCCAUCCCAGAAGAAAAAUGGGCUGACCUCCUGGAAUCCAACAACCCGGAUGAAGACGUCUACGUGGUCUACAACUUCGACAUGAACCCACCUGCGGUGAAGUCGGAACCGACAGACGCCGAGGAGGGCAAAGCCACAGGAGUGGGAGAACUCUCGGAGGGGCUUAUGGACGCGGCAAGGCUUGAAGACGACGACAACGACUUGGAAAGCCACACCCUGAGGUUUGUGAUGUUGGACAAGCCCACCGCAAGCAGUCGCCUCCACCUGCCAUUCGUGGGAGCCUCUUCGGAGUCCUCGGCAUUGUUGGUGCCUACACCUCGUUGCGGUGCCAAGGGGAACUACAGCUUCCUGGGCGCGGCAGAGGCGCUGGACCAGUCGACAGAACUAUGUCUUCGAUGCUUUGGCAGGAGAUCUGAGGGAGCAUGCAACAGAUUGUGCGGAGGAGAUCUUCCCGCUACGUUGUUGCGUGCAGCUGUGCGCUUCGACGUGGCGGAGAGCGACUUCUUGUUGCUGCAGCACCUUGGGUUCCACUCACUGAACUCCCUGGCUUUUAAGCUUCCGAAGGCGGAGGACCUGGAGAGGUUCCUUGAGGACCACAUCCUGGGUUCUAGUGCUUACAAGCAAGGGGACGGUGUUGUGGUGACGUUCCCAAGGCAGCCGCCUGAGCAAUGGGCCACUUGGAAGUUGUCGGAUGAUGCAGCUGCGCUCCGACGACUUUGGGCCUACGCCAGGGAGACCGCCAAGGGCGAGAUCGAGAGGAUGAGCAGCGGUGAUGAAUCUCGCCGCAAGAUUACGCUCAUCGAGGCCACGGCAAUGGAGAAUGCUGCUCUGGCCAGGGGCUGCCCAGAGCCGAUUAGUGACAAGGAGAGACCUUCCUUGUACACGCUCAACAAACUGGGAAAAGCCUUGCAAAACCCGGGCGCCACAUAUGAUGUCCUCAGCUGGGAGUCCUAUCUAUCCAAGGAAGAAGAGGACAAACUCACCAGAGAAGGGAAGCUUCCAAAGCACGGGCAAACCGAGCUCAUCUUGGGGAGAGACUCCAGAGUGGUUGCCCGGGAUCGCAUGGACGAGUCCGUCUUGGGAGUGAAGAAGGUGAGCGAAAUGGAGACUCUGAGAGCCCGGCUUGACCUCCGUGCUCGCGCUGCUGAGAUGAUUGAUGUGGCGAGGUACACGACCAUGAGGUCGUUGUCAGACCGUUACUACUCGAAGUUGAACACCAGCUUGGCAGAAGGGAUGCGAGCACCGACGCUCAAUGAACUCCGACGUUUUGACAGAGAGCUGCAAGUGACGAUCUACCGCCAUCUCAGUAGAGGACAAGGGAACCUCGAAGACGCCAUCAGGUACUACGUGGAGAACGACGGGGACUCACUUUGGAGGCUGUUGGACCCGGUUCUGCGCCAGCUUCCAGAUCAAGGCAUUGAAGCCGGUGCUGAGCACGUGAGCGAGAGCAAGGGGGAGAAGAGAAAGGCUGAGUCUGGCCAGCCUGCCGCCGCAUCGCCCGCUCCAGCCAAGGCGCUCAUCACCUGCCUGAUCUGUAAGAAGAAGCACGAGCCUUUGUGUCCGCUGCCUGACGAUUUCCGUCAGAAACAACGGGACAGGAAGAAGGCCAAGCGAGCUGAGAAGCGUGUAGCAAAGGCUAAGGCAAAAGCUGUACUCCAGUUCCAGACUGGUGACGAGAGGGAGUACCCGCUGGGCUUCUGCCAGGAGUAUGCCAAGGCGGCGGGGCUGGUGCUGGGGGAAGAAGGGAUCUUCGUUGAAGUCUUCUCAGGUCCCAACGCGCCGUUGAGUGUCAGCGUUGGAGCAGAGAUUGGGUGCCCCGUCCCCGGCUGUAAGCUGGAACGUCGGGGGAAAGGGGAUAGAAUCGAGCUCCAUAACCUGUCUCAACUCGUUGGAGUCAACCCACUUGCAGCUUUGCGAGCGAGUAACCCUAGCAAGCGAGUUAGGCCGCUUGUGUCGGAACAGGAAGCUUUUUAUCGGAGCGCGGCCGUGAGCGCGGCUAGACAGCCCGGGUAUGGGAAGAGGGAGCAGCUGAUUCCAGACGGCAUGCAAGACCCCUCAAGCCAUAUAGACGCGGCUGUUAAGCUUCAUCAUCCUUUCUCCCUAGAAGGUUCCAUUAAGGUUGACCACAGGGAAGCCCUGCUCAGGAUGAAAACGCUGGAAGGCAAUGCCUUAAAGGAUAGGAUGAAGACGUUGGCAGAGUGGAGGACUCUUGCAGCUUCCAAGGAAGUCUUGUCGGUGCAGGCGGUACACGAAACCCAGGCCAGUGAUUGUGCCAGGAAGCUAGGGCGCAAGCCCCGCACCGCCCUCAUGGAGGUGUUGGGUCUCAAGCACGGGAUAGAAGAUGAAGCGGUGCCAAGGCUCUGCCUCACAGGGAUGCCAAUAGUUGGUAGGGCCUUGGAGUCUCCAUUCUUUCAUCCUUACCACGUUCCAGCGUCGGUGACAGUGGCUGAGCUGCUGAGCUCUUCCCCCCGUAAACGGCCAGGCACCUUGAAAAGGGUGAAGCUUAUGGGCCAGGCGGGAGGCGACACCAUGGCGAAGGCCAUCUGGGAGAAGACCCUCAAAGAAGUUGCGGCAGGCUCUAUGGCAGGGCCGUACACCCUGAGUCAGAUGGAGGAGAAGCAUGGGAAGUACCUGAAUAUAGUCCCCAGUUUCGGUCUGAAACAGGGUGAGAAGUAUCGAAGAAUUGAUGACCAUACGGCUUCGCACAACAACCUUGCCGCAGAGAGGACACAGCAGAUACAAAUGGCCAUGGUUGACUAUCUAAUGGCCAUGGUCUCAGCUAUGGGCAGAACCUUUCGAGGUGGCCUAUGUAUUGGGACAGAAGACAUGGCUGGAGCCUACCGGCAAGUCCCUCUGACGGAUAGCCAGGUACGGAUCUCAGUCACAGCAGUCUACAACCCUGAGUACCGCAGAGUAGACCUGUUUGAAAUUUUCGGACAGCCCUUCGGAGCCGCUCACGCAGUGCCAAACUUUUACAGAGUAGCAGAAUGGGCCUGCAGGCUGAUGGUUCGAGCAUACGACGUGAUGAUCGACCACUUCUUUGAUGACUAUUUCAUAGUGGUAAGACAGUUGGAAGCCGACGGCACCAUGUUCUGCAUCAGAGAAGCAUUCAAGCUUAUUGGACUGGUGCUUGAUAACGAGAAGUCCCAGCCGCCAGGAGAAUUUUCCCAGGUUUUGGGCGUGGCUUUCAAUACCUCAUCACUGCGCCAGCAAAGGAUCCUCCUAGUCGAGCCCAAACCGACUAGAGUCUCAAACCUUUGUCAAAUAGUCGACCGAGUUCUUUCAGAAAACUGUCUCCCUCCCAGCUUAGCUGCGAGUCUCCUGGGGAAAUUCGGAUUCCUCUGUAGCACUAUGUUCGGGAAGGUAGGCAGAUGCUGCACUGGCGCCGUCAGAGCAAGACAAUACGGGCAUCCUGACGAGACGCUCCUCACACCUCAGAUCCGUACAUCCCUUCAGCUCAUGAAACUCUUUGCAACAACAGCCCCAAAGAGAGAGAUGAAGAUUGAUGAUCAUGCUCCCCCCAUCAUUUUGUACACCGACGAGACGUACAUGAACCAGCUCGAGCUCUUUGCAUGUCCGUUGGCCCUGAACACUUGGUCUACCACCUUGUCAAACCGACAAGUCCUCCUUUUCAUCGACAACGACGGGGAAACGGGCUUCCCGUCCUGUGAAAAAGCGGUGAGGGUCUUUUUGUUAGUUGUAGCACGGGCACGUUACGAAGUUCCACUCGAUUCGUCCUCCGCAGUUGCCAAUACGGGAUUAUCUUUUCAGGUGUGGCUAUGCCUGGUGUACAUUGAUCGAAUCGUGAAGCUUCACCCGGACUUCACGAUAUGUAGCCUCAAUAUCCACAGGCUAUUGGUCACCAGCGUCAUGCUGGCGGUAAAAUUCUUCGACGAUGUAUAUUACAGUAAUGCUUACUACGCGAAGGUUGGAGGGGUUCGGACACGGGAAGUUAACGCGCUGGAGAGCCACUUCCUUCAACUGAUUGAGUGGAAACUCCACGUGACUCCUGAGGAGUUCGACCAAUACAGGAGCCAUGUAUGCACGGUUGGAGCUGCGCAACCUGUGCCCAGGCUUGCAGAUGAUGCACUUGGUUGA